AUGCCACCAAGAAAAAAGCAAAAGAAGACAUCAGCCCACAGUAAUGGAGACGAGAAUAUCACAGCAAAUGUGGUAUCGUUAACAAUGGCACAACUUCCUACAUGUCGCAGCGUGAAACCUUCGCUGCUGGAGAGUCUUCCGAUCGAAAUUUACCUUCACAUUUUUUCACACUUGCUUCCGACAGAAUUUGAAAUGCCACAAGUUGCAGAGAAUGACUAUUUCCUGAACGAAUUCGAGAAAUCAUUCAAACCAGUCUUCAAUAACCUAGUGGCCCUUUAUCACUUGAGUCAGAGCUCGAGUUUUUUCCACGAAGUUCAAGAUGAAAUAGAUAGAAAAGAGAUUAUAAAAUUAGAAGACUACUUUCAUGGAGAAUGGUUUGGUAAGAGUGUCAAGCAGCAAAAGACCAAGUUGGACAAGAUAUUCGAAAAAGAAAGGGCUGGCAUUAAUUGCGACACUGAUAUCUUUGUCACCAUUACGGAAUCAAAGUUUGAUUUGCUCUUUCACUAUAUUUACGAGCUGAGUGUUGGUUUGGCGUUUUAUAGGGAUCGAUAUCAUGAACAGCUAGCGACACCAUUCUCAGAUGUUGUUGCUGGUAACGUUGAAAUGUUAACAAAACUCCACUCCCAAUCCAAACAAUGUCCUAGAGUGAUCUUGAACAAUGGUGCUCUACCAAACGAUCACAAUGACCUUGUGGUAUUCUCAAAAAUUGAAUACCUUUUUGUUGAUCUUGUUAGUGGCGGAGUAAUGUCCAAUAGAUUGAGGUUUCCAAAUGUCAGAUAUCUAAGAUUGAGCGCCUCAGAAUCUGAGAUUGUUUCCAAAAUGUUGGACCCUGAAAUAUUUCCUAAUUUAAAGCAUGUCUGUUUUAUCAAUUUUUUAGGAAUAAGCAAAGAGUAUAAUAUUCUCCAUUCUGAACAUUACAGAACACAAUUAAGAUGCAUCGAGAUGGUGUGCAAUGGAGGUAUUGGUGACUACUUUUUCGAAGGAAUUACGAAAGGCUCAAGUCAUUUCUAUCUUGUCAAUGCCAUCAAGAAAUACAUUGACAAGCCAAACAAGCAAGAACUUUGUCUUGAGAAGAUGAUCCUCCCUGCAAACCUGCGUACCUCUUGUGAAGGGUUACCACCAAGCCAACUCUCUUCACUCAUGUCUUGUUCGACACGUUGUCCAAUAAUUCUUUCAAACACAACCAUUGAAAAACUUCAAUACGAGACCUUGGAGCAAUGA